CCACGAGCAUCACGAGUGAGAGAGAGACUGAAAGCAGAAGAAGAAAAAGAAGAAGAAGAGAGAAAGAGAGAGAGAGAGAGAGCAAGGGCACGAGAUCGGGCGUCUACAGAAGAGGUUCGUGAACGCGCGCGCGCGCGCGCAAAAGAGAAAGGGUGAUCCGUUGUUGUUGUUGUUGUCGCCGCCACCGCUGCUGCCUUGUUGUGUGUUGUGGCCGUGCGGUUUGGUUUGCGGCAAGCAGCAGGAUCGAGUCGAGAUUUGUCUCGGUCGCGCGUCGUGCACCGCCGGUACCCUUUUGGCGGCUUAAAAGCGUCCGUGCGCCCGUGCGUGCGUGCGUGCUCUGUGUUUGUGCACGAUCGACCCGUAGUGAGUGGGUUCAACUUCCAGUUCCGCGUCUGUUUUCCUCGUCCUCGGUGCGAUUGUGCGAGCGAGCGAGCGAGCAAGUGUCAUAAAGGGGAAGCAGCAGUAGCAGCGCGCAGCCACCGUCAACCCCAUUGUGUCCCGCAUUGUGUGCCGCCUGACCAGCAGACGACGGACAGCGAACAGCAGCAUCAUCGGAGUGUAUAGCAGCCACCACGGCAGAGAGCAACAAAGGGGGGAGGGUGGAUCGCAUUCCAGAACGGACGCGGACACGAGAUACUCGCCUUCCCGUCUCCGUUGUGUCUCUCUCAUUCUCUCUCUCUCUCUCUCUCCCUUUCGCUCAGCAUCCCGAGAACGCUACUGUCGAUCCUGACAGUUCAGAGGGAGAGAGAGAGAGAGAGAGAGAGUGAGAGUGAGAGAGUACGAGCGAGCGAGCGAGAUGCUGCGGCGAGCCACGACGGCUGCUGCUGCACACCAAUGAAUGGGGUAAUGCCGGUUGCAGCUCCUGAGUAGAAGCAGUGGUCUCUCGCUGGUGGUUGGUGGGCACCGGCGUGAAUAGCACCGGGGCAACCCAGCCCCACAAACCCCACUUCACCCAGUGAGAGAGAGCGCGCGCGCGCGCAGCCUCAUACGCCACCGAAAAAAAAAAACGAAGAAAGAAAAAAAAACCGUCCAGGAACACAAGAGGGCAUGAUAAUGUUACUGCAAAAUGAAGCGCACUCCAUUGGGAGGUCAUAUGGCCUCUCAGCACCGGCACCAGCACCAGGUCUACCACCAGCACCACCAGCAGCAGCAGUAUUACCAGUUCCAGCACGAGCAAGACAUACGAAGGAAGCUCGAACCGUCGUCACCACAGCAGGAAGCAGCCAAGCAUCAAGCAUCAUCGCCAACACCACAGUCGUGUGCCAAUGUGAACUGUAGUAGAAUCAGCAGCACCAGCAGCACUAGCAGCACUAGCAGCAGCAGCAGCAGCAGCAGAAGUAGAAGCAGCAUUAGCAGCAAUAAACCCUCAUCGCCAUCAUCAAUCUACUCGUCCACAUCGUCAGUAUCGUCAUCAUCUACAUCAUCAUCGGGACCGGAAGGAGCAGUAUCCAGCACCGGCAUGCAUCGGCACCGGAAGAAGGAUCGACUCGAUCGGGCUGCUGCAGCAGCAGCAGCAGCAGCAGCAGCAUCGGCAUCAGUGCCACCCACACUACCGAAGUACAUGUACUCCGGGUCGACCACCAGCCCGCCCCUCACACCAAUCUCCAACGAGAACCUCUAUCAACCGUGCUUCGGUGCACCGCCUGCCGUCCGGGAGCAAUCGGAACCACCGGUGCCACCGCUGACCUCUGAUGGUGGCUGCUGUCAGGUGAUGCCAACGCAGCAGCAGCAGCACCAGCAACACCAUCGGAUGCACAUCCUGGCACCGAGCACCCUUACCCCACCCGGUUGCUAUCCCGAGGCCGAUCCGGACAGCAUCGAGGUGUACCGGGACCAGCAGCAACAGCAGCAGCAGCAGCAGCAGCAACCGAAUCCGGAUCUGCACGCAGUGGACGAUCGACUCGUUCCCCGGCAUCUGCAUUUCAGCAAAUGGAGCGGUGGAAACCCCACCGGGCCCCACGGGCCCCAUGGGCCCCACCAGCCCCCGGGGCCGGUGAAUGCCCUGGGCAGUGCGGGACAUUCGCAAUCGGCCGAGUACUCGUACGCCUACUGCGAACCAAUACUGCUGCAGCGACCGGUUCCGGCGAGCACGCACGGUCAGCCCCAGGACGGGACACUGCUGGAGACGGUUGGUGAUGGUGGGACGGGGGUAGUGCAACCCCCGGGUGCCCAUUCCCCACCACCGCCGUCCCUUUCCUCGUCGGGCUCAUCGUACUGUGUGCCAAUGUACGCACAGCAGCAGCAGCAGCAGCAAUUGCGACGAACCACUACAACGCACCACCAUCAGCAACCACCGUUGCCUUCACUGAAAACAGGUGGACUGCCACCGAGCACCAUCUUUCAUCAUGGCCUGCGGCCACACCAGCAGCAAGGGUACCACCAUCCCGCCAGUGCACAACACAUGACGACGCAUCACCACCAUCACCAUCACCAUCACAACUACACGCUACCGGCUGGUGGUGGUGCUGGUGGCAGCAGCAAACCGGCACUGACCGGCGGUGGCGCAUCGACGACCACGACGACCGGUUCAUUGCGUGCCUUAUUUACCAACAUCUUCCGAAAGUCAUCCUCAUCAGCAAACACCACCACCAGCAGCAGCAGCAGCAGCAGCAGGGCCCCGUGCCCGCUGAGCGAUCCAAUGAUGGGAACUGGUGCGGGCAGCACACUCGGUCCGCUUCCGCUGAUGCCGUUUACGGCGGCCCGGCCCGGUUGCAGCGAUCCAACGAUCCUGGGGCCAACGACCGAGCGCCACUCGUUCACCACCUGCUACGGUACGAAGGAGAACAUCUACGAGGACAUUGGCGCGUCGCAGGUCACUGGUCCACCGUCGGGCGCGGCGCGGUGCGGUAAACCGCCACCACCACCUUCCCUUUCCUCGUCGGUCGUCGGUGGCCCGUCCGCAAUCGUUCACUCGCCGACCAGUGCACCGCCCCAGCCCGGCCCCCCCACCGAUACACCAUCCGAGCCGAUCCAGGACGUGGAACCCCGAGGAGGGAACGCCGGGGAACCGUUGGGGGUGGCCCCAGGCAGUGAAGCGCCGGAUGCCGGAGCGAAUGAACCAACGACCAUGGGCACGGGCACUACGGCAGGCCUGUUCAAUCUGUCCGCCGAAUGGCGCCAGGUGCAGCUGCAGCAUGAGCGGAUCAUCGGCGAGCUGAACCUGUCGGUCGAGCGGCUCAUCAUGCCGUCGUACGACGAGCACCAGCACCAGCACCAGCAGCAUCCCGGGGACGGGGACGGUGCUGCCGGUGGACGGAUCCAUCUCGGCGAUGUCCUGAUCCAUGCCCCGCCCGGUGGCACGGGGCCCUGCACCAGCCUUGGCGCGUACUGUGGUGCGCCCGCGGGCUCCUCCUCCUACCUAACCGAACCGGCCGGUGAUCAGCCGGUGGAGGGUAAAACGGGGCUACCACCAGGUCCGCUCGCCCUCCUGGCUGGCUCGAUGAACCACCAUUCUCGAAGACGCCACGGAGGAGGAGGAGGAGGAGGUACGCAUGUGAUGCAGCUGUCGAUCGCCACCGGCGCCGGCGCCGGUGCCGCUUCUUCGCCCCUACAGCCAACGGAGCGCCACUCGCCCACGAUCUCGUACGGCAAGUCGUACGGCGAUGUGGACAGUGGGAUUAGCAGUAGCAGCACCAGCGGUACCAGCUACUCCAGCAGCAUCCUCUACCGAAGCAUCACCAACUAUCACACCGGUGGCGGUGUUGGGCCGGCAAACAAACCAGAUCCGGGACAUCACCACCAGCAGCAGCAGCAGCAGCAGCAGCAGCAGUCGCAGAGCGGUCGGAAGCCGAUCUUGUUUGGCCUGCGGACACCCGGUGGCGGUGGCGGUGGCAGUGUUGGACUAUUCACUUCCCCUUCCUCGUCCACCUCGUUGUCGAUGGCCGCAAUGUUGUCCCGGAGUACCGGGGGUGGUGGAGGUGGGCGCGCUACCAGCUCCAUCGGUGCGAGCUGUCGCACCAGCGUAACCGCGACGACAACGAGCCCUGUUCGGAGUGUCACCAACGCACCGGAUCCACCGCCACCACCAGAUGAUGAUGGGGACGAGUUGCUGGGUGGUGGCAGUAGAAGGUGCUCCGAUACGUGCUGCACCGGCGACGUGUGCGAUCUGCAGUCCCCACAUCCACCACUGCACCACCAUCCGUUGUAUGCGUUGCAUGCGCCGCCGGUAGAACGGUGCAACCUCGACACACGGCUACUACCGGCUACCACGUUCCACCAGCACCAUACCGCCAGUACCCGUCAUCGUACGCUCGCCACCUGCUGCUUCUUUGCUGAGAGCACCAACCACCAGCAGCAGCGCCAGGUGCGUGGUACGUGCGCCGCCGCCGCUCCGAUGAGUUGCGCCGGACUCGAACCCUUUGGCACUAGCGGUGGCACCAACACCACUGCAACGGGAACUGGCAACUUCUGGAAUCGGUUCCGUAAGCUGCGCCAGACGGCAACCGGACUGUUCGGUAACGCCGCCAGCAGCAGCAGCAGCGGCAGCGGCGAGCUCAGCAACGUUGGCACUGCGGACGAGCGGUUCGAAGUCGUGGAAGACGAACGUCACCACCACCGCCAUCAGCAUCGGUUGGCGUCAGCGUGGGCGCCACUGAGAGCGCCACUGAGGGUACAACAGCAGUAUCAGCAUCUCCAUCCCCAGCAGCAGCAGCAGCAGCAGCAGCAGUACCAUCAUCAGCACUACCAUCACCUUUCGCUUCCAUCGCAGCAACAGCAACAACAACAACAACUGCAGGAGCAACAACAGCACGAACACGACGCUCACCAGUUCAUCAGCAGUACCGCGCCAAGUGUGCAGCCGAUUGUCUCGCUCGACGAUGGUGUGAUGACGACUUCCAGCACGGCACUAAACGUCGUCGAGCAGCAGCAGCAGCAGCCGGCACAGCAACGGAUUCAAAGUGCUGCUGCUUCGACUGCGUCUGCCGCCGGUGGGGAACAGCAGCCGCUCCGUUCGCGCUCACCCUCGUCAUCCCGUUCGUCGUCGUCACCGUCGACGAUUACCUCGGCCUCGGCGACACCUUCGUCGCCCUCGUCACCGGUUUCGUCGUCCUCUUCUGCGGCCAAGAUGAGCGGCCGGCCAGCGAACGCCUGACGAUGACGAUGACGAUGAGGAUAGUUUGGCGGCUAGCGAUCGUACAGUGUCGAUCCGGAAUUUCCCUUUUACGAAUCCCUUUCAUGAGUGCCAACAAUAUUACAUCUUUCCAACUCUCUGUCUCUCUCACCCUGGUUAUAAGAUAGGACAGUACACAGUGCACAAAGAAAAAGGAAGCAAGGUGCGAGCAGGCCCAGACCCAGCGAAGGCAAACCGGGAAUGCGUAUGAGAUGCAGGGCUGUCGUUUCGUUUUAAGAUUUUUUCUUAUAUUUAUACACCCAUAUAAGUAUAUAUAUAUAUAUAUAGAGCGUUAGGCGCAGUCUUUCAAUGUUAUUCUGCGGAGAGAAUGAGAGAGAGAGAGAGAGGAAAACGAGUUCAAAACGACACUGCUCUGCCCAUAAUAUGCGCCCCCCCCCCCCUCCGCUGCGAGCAGGAGGAAAACAGGAGAAUUUAUUUAGAGCCUAGUAGAGAUUUAGAGGAGUAUGAUGUCCGUUUAGUGGUAGGAGUUUUUUCUAGAAAUAAUGAGGUAGGUAAAAAUAGAAGAACAAACACGAUUACUGUGAUCUGGCGCAGCGUUUCAAGAGUAACGAUUAAUAUUAUCUUUAUUAUUAUUAUUAUUAUUAUUAUUCUUAUUCUUAUUAUUACUAAUAUUAUUAUCCUUGUGGAUGUAGGAGUAGUAACGAUAGGAAUGGAAAGGACAAAUGAGUAGCAAUUAUCUAGAAACCUACAGUGAUACGAAGGACAGAUUGGGGCCAGCUGGGCAAGCAACGGCACACGCAACCAUUCACGGAAUAUCAUUCUCGUACCCUUCUCCUGUCUUAGAGACCAUCAUCGCUGAAAUGUAGCGACCGGCUAACCGGCCACAAGUGUCGAGAGAGAGAGCAUGUAGCAUGAGCACAGUACAGUUAACAGUGGGAACGAAGAUGUGGUUAGAAAUACAGGGACAAACCCUCCCCCUUUCCGUCCUUCCCCCAUUUCCCUUUACACGUUUUACGGAUUUUAGUGAAUGGUCCCACCAAAUUGGCAUGCCAAUCGCACUCCGCGCCAAGCAGCGUUCAGUCAUAUUGUCGCGACAACGAGAGUAGAGACGUCCGUGGGUUGCCGUUAAAAGCAUUCUGCCCUUGCUGCCAGCCUCGUCUAGUAAAGAGUAGGGAUGUGGACGAGUGCGGGACGGAGGACGGCGUCCUCGACGGCGGACGCGGAUCCGAUUAGCGCAUAGUAUUUAAGCCAAUUGUGCGGGAGCAAGAAAAUAAACAUUUAAGACAUGCGUGCGAUACAAUUAUACAACCAGCAAAACUGGACCCCUGUACAGCGUUUCAAUUGAGCGAUAAUCUCUCCAGCACUGCCUAUCCACAGUAGUGAUGGGGCCAAACAAAGGCCUCAGCCCGGCGAUCGAUUCGUGGAAUGCUGUGGAAUUCAUUCACCGUGACCUUGGUUCUACUAAAC